GCAAACGCCACCGUCUUCCUCGCCAAGUUCUACGGCCGCGCCGGCCUCAUGAACCUCAUCAACUCCGGACCCGACAACCUCCGCCCUGCCAUCUUUCGAUCUCUGCUCUACGAGGCCUGCGGUCGGAUUGUGAACCCGAUCUACGGUUCGGUCGGCUUAUUGUGGUCCGGCAGCUGGCAGCUUUGCCAGGCCGCGGUGGAGGCUGUUCUCAAAGGAGCUCCGAUUGUUCAGAUUCCAUCGGAGACCGCUGCGUCUACGCCCGUUCCUCCGCUCAAAGCCUACGACAUCCGCCACAUCAGCAAAGACUCCGAUCCUGCCGGAUCCAGACCCGCUGAUAACCUCCACAAGGUCCACAAGACCCGAACCCGUUUCAAGCGGGCCGGCAACAAAAAGACCGGUGAUGAGUCCGAUCGAGUUUUUACCCGGGCGAAGAGCCAUGAGUCGAGUGGUGGGAGUCACGUGAGCGAGAGCAGGGAGAAUGAGGCGAGCAUGGCCUCCGUCGACACCGUGGAGGCCUCGCACGUGAGCCAGGGGGAGCCGGCGGAGGAGAGCGAGGUGGAGCUUGAGCUCACGCUCGGGUUCGAGGUUCAUCGACCGGUGGCGACUGCGCCACCCGAGAUCGGGGUGUUGGAUGAUGACACGUGUCGUGUGGAGCUUGGGCUAGAGCUCGCUGCUGCGUGAUACUCGAUCGUGUUUGUUUUGAUGGUAUCUUAGUUAGUGGAGGUGAAAGAAAACAGUUUUGAGACAAAUGUUCGAUUGGUUCUUUUUUCUUUUUUUUUCAAUCGGUUCUUUCUUUAGGAAAAUACUAGUCUCAUGUAAUAAUUUGUUCCUUUGUAUAUAGAGGCUUUAAACCCUAGUCCAGUAAUAAUUUGAUGAGCUUGUGGAAUUUGCUUGA